GUGCUCAAAGCGCAGCUCGCGGGGGACCCGGCAGUGGGACUGGUUUUCUAGAUGGAUAACUUCCUGUAACGUGGAUUACUUUUCAACAUGGCGAGUUCUGAGAGUGAGGUUAAAACUUUAUUGAAUUUCGUUAAUUUGGCGUCCAGCGACAUCAAGGCGGCCCUGGACAAGUCUGCGCCUUGCAGACGCUCCGUGGACCACCGGAAGUACCUUCAGAAGCAGCUGAAGCGUUUUUCUCACAAAUACUCCAGAGUUCCAAGAUGCCACACGCACAAAGCUGCAUUGCCCGAAGGCGCCAGACCAGCCGGGAUUACUGCACCCCAGGGCACGAAGAUCCCAGAAGGGGCGCGUUUGGAUGGGCAUGGUGUGGACACUUUACGCACCACUGCGGGCAAAGAUACCGGCAGCCAGGAACUGCUGCCCAUGAGGAAACGGCAAUUACCGGCAUCAUUCUGGGAAGAACCUAAACUAACCGAACUUAAAAAUGACUCUUUACAGGUAGGUCUCGAAAAGAGCCACAUUGAGACUGAGAAGAAAGAAAGGAAAGGAGCUCGUGUUGACGACUCAAAAGCCGCAAUAAGCGCCUCGAGUCGACACGGCCCGGUGGACAGAGACAGGGUGAAAUCGGACAUGACCUCACACCACGUGAGUCUCUGCGGCUGUUGCCCCUUUCAGUACCACGGACAACAGGUGUUCCAGAGCCACGUGGUGGUCCCCCACUCCCCGUUGGUGCUGUGGGGCAAAGCCGCAGGAGCCGAAACAGGGAUGGUCGUCCCUGAGCAUCACUAUGGACCGAAGGUUCACACGCACGUCGUGGUGAAGCCCAUACCGACCAAGCCCCCCGUCCCGUCGUCAAUUUUCAGCGUGUUCGGCUUCCUCUAAAAGUCCAACCACAUGACCGUGGACGAAAGCAGGUCCAUCCAUGCAAAUAAGCGCCUGGUUAUUUUGUGUCCAGCUAGCGGUAGGACUCUCUCAGCAGUUAUUAAAGCACUUAUUAGAAAUGUUGUUUACAUAGGUCGAAUUUGCACUUCAGGAACAUUAGUUAACAACUUUACCGAAGUAUGAAGUGAUGACCCAAACUCAUGCCUUUAAAUGUUCCAAUUUUGUUUUAAUUAAGAGACGAAAACUUUUUGUCCAAAUAAUGUUGACCUUUUUAAACAGUAGCUGUGAUUUCCAAAUAAAGUG